AUGGCCUUUGGAAACUCGUCAAGAUCGCUCCUCCAACUGCCCGCCGAGAUCAUCCUCGCCAUCGCCGAACCCCUCGACGUCCACGACCUGAACGCCCUCCUUCGGUCCAACCACUACCUCGCCAGCCUCCUGCAUUCCCGAUUCUAUCGUCUCGCUACCGGUUACACUUUCCGUCGGCGCGGUCAACGGAAGUCGCCGCUGACAUGGGCAGCCGAAAACGGGCGGACCGCGACCGUGCAGAAGCUCUUGGACGCCGGUGCAGACGCCACAUCGCUAGUUGACGGCCUUUCCCCAUUCCACUACGCCGUCCAAAAAGGCCACACCGAGAUCGCGAGGCUGCUUCUUGACGCUGGGGCAAGCCCUACACAACUCACAAGGAAUGGCGACAUCCCUUUGAUUCCCGCCGCCGAGCACGGCCACGAGGACACAGUGCGCUUGUUAUUGGCGGUUACAAACACAAAUACCCCGACUGAGCGGCUGGACUACAAACGGGCGCUUUCGAGGGCGGUUUAUUUUGGCCAUCUUCGCCUUGUACGGUUCAUGCUGGAUAAUGCGACCAGCAGCGCUCCGUCUGCAGGGGAUGGCUCUACUGGCAAAGGGUGGCUGGAUAUCGCGGGCGACCAUGACUUGAUUUAUCAGGCCGCACGCUCCGGGAACUGUGAUAUAAUUCGGUUGCUGCUUGCUUAUGGGGCUAAGGUUCCCCCGGUACACCGCAGGUCCACGCAUCCGUUGGUAGUUGCUGCGCAGAACGGGCACAAAGACGCGGUCCAGCUGCUUAUCGCAGCUCGAGCCGAUCCGACGUACGAGGAAAAACAACGGGAGGCAGCCUCGCACAACGACGUUUCGCCAGACGAUGUUGCGCAAUUCCUUCUCGACUCCGGAGCCGAUACACACGCGGCCGGGAAGAAAUUCUCCGCCAUGAUGUCCACAUCGCAGCCAGGGCACAGUCUCACGGUUCGUCUUUUCCAGAAAUACGGAAAGGAUCUUGCCCAACCUACCAAGGACGGUCGGACACCGCUGCAGAUUGCGCUGGAGGAGUUCAGUCCCCCAGAUGUCAUACACCUUCUACUUGAACUCGGGGCGGACGUGAAUAUCAGAGGGCGAGAUGGGUCUACGGCAUUGCACACCUUGGUCCGAUUGAAGAGGCAUGACCUGCUUGAAACUUUCCUAUCGGCUGGUGCGUCGCUGUCGAUUUCGGACAAUCAAGGCAAUACCCCGUUACUGCUGGCGGUCGCGGUGUCCAACGUUUCAGCUGCUUCUCUGUUUAUUCAGAGUGGAGCUGAUGUCUCGGUAAGAGACAGUCAAGGGAGAACCCCUCUGCAUCUUGCUGCAUCCCACACAUCUGGUGUGCUUCUGUCCAUGCUUCUGAAUACCGGUGCCGACGUCUCUGUAAGAGAUCGUGACGGUCGGAUCCCGCUGCACUUUGCAACCCUCUCCGGCAACCCCACCAUCUUCAAAGCACUUCUCACCAGACACGAUAAGACUGGUGUCGAUCCUCUUGUGAGAUCCCAGAGCGGCCGGACCGUGCUAGAAAUGGCGGUAGAGGCCGGCCAUAUGGCUCUGGUGGAACUGUUGGUUGAAAGGGGGGUUGAUAUCAACAGCCACUGGGAAGGGUAUUCAGCACUGCACUCCGCAGUCGCAAACAAGCAUUCUGAAAUAGCCGAAUAUCUUCUGGCCCGCGGCGCCGAUCCCCUGCGGUUGGACUUUUACGGCCGAACCCCAUUCGAUUGGGCGUCGGGAGACGGGACAAUGCUGAAUACGAUGGUGCGGUCCUGCGACAUUAUUUACCGACGGACCAGUCUAGAAACGCGCAUGUUCACACUCAAAGACAGCAUCGUUCGAUUCGGGACACGCAUCUUGAACGGAGAAACAAGCGACUUCUACAAACUCGCCAAAUGCCUCAUAUACCUGAACAACGGCGACGCAGCGCUCUCCGUAUUCAGACAGGCGGCCAAGGCAAGAGCUAGCGAAGAGGACCUCCGGUACCCGAUGUGCUGCAGUGGGUGCAGGAAGAGAUUCAAGCAGCGCGGGCGAUCCGAUGUGAUGGUUCUGGUCUGUCGAAGAUGCCACGACCUCGAACUUUGUAACUUUGUCCACACUUCUCCGUUUCUGGGGUUUUUUUCGACUGAUGCGGGGUUUGCUGUGGAUCCAACGCCUAACGCUGAUAAAGAUAGUGCCAAUGCAACGAUGUGGAAGAGUGAACUUGAGGAGUUGAUUGAGCGGUAUUCCUGA